UACUUCAGUUCAAUUUUCAUUUAAAUUCAACAUUGUUUUAUUUGGCAAUUAAGCGACACAAAGCUGAUCCGCUGUAGCUGCUCAAUUGGCCAUGCAGGACGACACGCAAGAUGCCAAAGCGCAGAAACUAGCCGCGGCGCGUAAAAAGCUGAAAGAGUAUCAGCAGCGCAACAACAACAACAAUGAGGAAAACGUUGGUACAAACACCCAUUCGUCGACAGUGAGCAUAGCCAGCAAUUUGUCGGAACGUUCCGACUGUGAGUUAAGCUCAAGCAAUGGCGGCGGACCGCAGCACACGGUGGAGCAGCACACAACGCCAGCCCCAACCGGAGUGGCUGCAUAUUUUUCACAACAGACAGUACCGCUUAUAGAGCCGGAACCAAGCCUAGCACAAUCUAUUUGGCCCCACAACGGUCAAGGCGAUACCAAUUUGCAAACAAUUCAAGUAUUGAUUGCUGAAAAAGCUCAGUUGAAUACGGAGUUGACUAAGUGCCGGCAUGUGUGCCGCGAGCGAGAACUGGAACUUGAGGAGCUACGCACAGAGCAUGGCCAGACAACGCAACGGUUGAAGCAAAUCCAGCAGCAUUGUCAGGAUCAGCAACGCGGCGCGGAGCAGCAGCGCAAUCAAAAUGCUGAGCUUCAGCACAAAAUAGCACUGGCGAAUGCCGAAAUCGAGGAUAAAAAUGCGCAUCUGAGCGAGCUGGAAGCCCAACUCCUGCAGCUAAAAGCUCAAAAGGACGAACUACAGCAGCAGCACGCUGACAAGUGCAAUGAGCUAGAUAUGGCACAACUGCGUAUACGUCAGAUUUCCGACGAGUCCAACGUCAAUGCGGACAAUCGCGUGGAGACGCUCACCCAAACACAGUAUAUGUACGAGCAGCAGAUACGGGACUUACAACAGAUGGUAACACAGCUGACGCAGGACAAAGAACAAGCGGCGGUCCAGUAUCAGAACUAUGUGGCGAACCUUAAGGAACGCAAUGCGGAACUAGCGGAGGAGACUGCAGAGCUUAAGGAGCGCGAGCGCCAGCUCGUGGAGCAUGUCAGCGGCUUGGAACGUGAUAUCCAAAAAAAUUUGGCUCUGCAAGCGCAAUACAAGGAGGCAGCAAGCAACCAAUCCCAGCAAUCGCAAGAACAGUCAGAGACGGCUUUACGAACUGAGCUGACAGCGCUAAAGCAGCGGAUCAGCGACUUCGAAUUUGAGCGACACGAGUUCCAGUUAAAAAUCAAAUCCCAGGACGAUCAAUUGCAGUCAAAGGAGAACAAACUCGCAGAACUGGAAGAGGAGUUGCAUCGACUGCAAACAGAGCAGCCGGAUCAGGUCAAGCUACUGGCCACCAUGGAAUCCGAUAAAGUAGCGGCAUCGCGAGCUCUUAGCCAAAAUAUGGAUAUGAAGCAGCAACUGGAUGAGCUGCAGGUACGUUUUGUGCAGCUCACCAACGACAAAUUGGAUUUGGUCAAUAAACUAGAUGCCGAGGAGUUUGCCAACCGUGAAAUGCGCCUUAACUAUGCAAAUAUGGAGCGCAAGUUGCAGACUAACGAAGAACGUUUUAAAUUCAAAGACGAGGAGAUGAUACGACUCUCGCAUGAGAAUGUCGAACUUCAGCGCACGCACCUUAUGCUGCAACAGCAGCUGGAUCGCCUUCAGCACUAUGAAGCCAAGGUUUAUCACAGUCACGAUCAAAAGGAAACAUCAUCUGCAGAAACUGAAGCAGCAGAAGGCGCUGUUGAGGUGCACGAGCACGACCAUGCUGAACAUAAGCACGAAGAGGAUCACCAUCACCAUCAUCCAGAACAUUCCCACGGCGAUCAUUUGUCCACUUGCGAGACACCGUUGCUGCCCACCGCCGAGGCCGUGGAAAAGCUUCAGUCACGCUUUACGACACUCAUCAGCCAAGUCGCGGAUCUGACCGAGGAGAAGCACAGCCUGGAACAUCUGGUGUUGCAGUUGCAAAGCGAAACGGAAACCAUUGGCGAAUACAUUGCCCUCUAUCAGACACAACGGCGCAUGCUGAAGCAGCGCGAGUAUGAGAAAGCCGCGCAGAUGCGAUUGCUCAAAGCAGAGCGUGAACAGUUGCGAGAAAAGAUUGACGCGCUUAACAAGCUCGUGGGAAGCUUGGGCCUGGCCGUUGAGCUGCCAGCGGAACAGCAGCAGCCAGCAACAGAUAGUAACGCCGCAUCGGAUCAGCCGCAGUUACCUUCAAGCGAAAACGUAACAGAGAAUGAAAACUCGCAACAGAUACUACACAAAAUACAGGACAUAAUAACAGAAAUCAAAGUAAAUACAGAACAGUCGCCAACCGCCUUGUCCAAUGUGGCACAGCCUGGCCAUGCCGUGGAUCAUUUGAACUGCUGCCUUGGCAAAUUUGAGGUUGUGUGAACAAGACAACGAAAAUGCAAAUGUUAACAUAUUGUAUUUAAAGUGCAAUUAUUUGUCAGCGUAAUCGCGUUUUCGCUUUCACCGCCCUCUAUAGUUUAUACACAACUCUUUUGUAUAUGUUUCAAGAAUAUCAAAUAAUCAAACUAAUUGGGGCUUACCAUAGCUCUAAAAAUAAAAUAUAUUUAAAAUUUAUGCGGUUAC